CUGUAACGCUUUCACUCGUCUUCCGCUCCAUUCCACAAUCGCGCAUCUCGCGGCAGGCCGCAGGAUCGAAUUAUGAAGGGAAAUCAAUCGAGCUCGAGACGGAGAAUGGAGUUGCUCGGAAAAAUCAGAGAAUUCACUAGAUCGCUGGUGAAAGCUCUCAGCGAGGGACGAUCGCCUGGGAUUUUCAUCGACAAAUUCAGUAACUACUGCACGAAUCCUCAUGGAAAUUGCUGUUGCGGCUCUGAUUUGCCUGAGGGGCAGGAAAUCUUGACGAUCCAAAGAGAAUGCAGCGCUCGCAGGAUAGAUGUCCUGUUGAGAGUGUUGGUUAUUGUUCAGAAGCUACUUCAAGAGGAUAGGCAUGGGUCUAAAAGAGAUAUAUACUACAUGCACCCUUCAGUAUUUUCAGAACAGCCCGUAGUUGAUCGGGCAAUCAAUGACAUAUGCAUCAUUCUGCAGUGCAGUCGUCACAAUCUGAACGUGGUGUCUGUUGGAAAUGGGUUGGUUAUGGGCUGGUUACGAUUUGUAGAAGCUGGAAGGAAGUUUGACUGCAUAAAUUCUCCUAGCAAUACCUUUCCUGUUCCAGUAUACGUGGAGGAAGUCAGAGAUAUCGUUAGUGUUGCUGAGUACAUAUUGAUUGUGGAGAAGGAAUCAGUCUUCCAGCGUUUGGCCAACGACCACUUCUGUGACACGAACCGCUGUAUUGUCAUCACAGGAAGAGGCUACCCAGAUAUUCCCACAAGAAGGUUCUUGCGACUCCUCAUAGAGAAGCUGCGGCUGCCUGUGUAUUGCUUGGUAGAUUGUGAUCCAUAUGGCUUUGAUAUCCUUACUACCUAUCGUUUUGGUUCCAUGCAAAUGGCCUACGAUGCAAAAUUUCUGCGCCUCACCGGAAUACACUGGCUUGGCGCUUUCCCCUCUGACGUUGAGAAAUAUAGCAUUCCCCAACAGUGUCUCCUUCCAUUGACAGCAGAAGACAAAAGAAGAACCGAAAAGAUGUUAAACAGAUGCUACCUGGAGAAGCAAGUCCCAGAGUGGAGAUCGGAACUGGAGCUGAUGCUGCAGCGGGGAGUGAAGUUCGAGAUCGAAGCGCUGGCUGUUCAUUCUAUUUCCUUUCUGUCGCAGCAAUACUUGCCGUCCAAGAUUCAUGGUGGGUUGCAUAUGUGAUCCACCUCUGAGAAUUUGGUAAUAUCUCUCUGUCCUUCGGCUCAGUAUCUUCAGUAGCCACGAUCAUUUUCUUCGACACAUCAUCUUUUGUCUCAUAUCUUCUCAAAUGACCCGCUCAUUUUGAAUGAUCUCAAUUGCAGAGGUGUAAACCUUUAAAUGCAUCUAUCCAAAAGAAAACUGUGUACUUCUCCUCUAGUCAGAAAUUGAACUUGUCAAAGUCAGCAAUCGUCUUUAGUGGCAACGUCCUCCUGCUUUGCAAUCUACUUUUACGUUUUUCCUAGGCGUCAGUUCCACGGGUGACUUGGGGGGGUUAUUUGGGCUUGUCGUUUGUCUUCGGUCAGAGGCGUACCACGGUCUUCCAAACUUUGAUAGACCGCGUGGUCAUGGGUUGGUUCGUUUUUGAUGACGUGGCGGGUUUCCCCAACGUGAUUGGUCGAGUAUAUAAAUUUUUUUGGGUUAAAAUAGUAUGAUUAGAGAAUUUUGUUAGUCACGGCAGCAACAAACUAAUGUUUUAAUGAACGCUGACAGAGACCAAGAGAAAGUGACCAAGAAUGAAAUACUAAACUAAUUUUGAAUUUUUGAUGAUCACAAAUAUAAUGAAAUGUUUUUAGUGACCAAAAUGUGAAACAUUUUAGUAGUGAGUGAUCAAUCUUGCAAUAUACCUCUUAGUAAUUUUUUUUGGUGGGGAAAUAAUUUACCCUUCAAGAU